AUGGAGUCGAAAGAAAAUGUUACUCCUGAGAAUCAAAAGAAUCGUGCACAAGGCGAAAAUUGGACCCAAGAGGAAAAGGAUCUGUUUUUGGAAAUAAUGAGGGAGUCAGCGCCUAUAAUAGAUGAAAUUCUACUAGCAGAGGAACCAGCUGUACAGCAAAUAAUUACAGUGGCAAAUGUGCAUAGCGAAGAGAUUGAUAUCAAGAUCCCUGAAUGCAGCAGAAAAACUCAAAUGGUGUUUCCUCCAAAGGUGGAUAAGGAACAAAAUAGAGAAAAAAAAAACAAGUUAGCUGGCAAGGAAGCUUUAUUAAGAAGCAAUAUAGAAUUUAAGGAACGGUCUUCAGCAAUGUUGGAAGAAGAACAUAAAGUAAAAAUAAAAUUUCAAGAACAGGAAAUAACUCAUCAUCAGUUGCGACAUAAACUGGAAAUUGACAUAUUAUUACAAGAAAAAGACAAAAAGAAAUUGGAGUUAGAAUUGUAA